CCGACUUAUGCGCCAAGGUCAUAGAUUUGCACUAAUUCCUCAUAUCCCAUAGCUCUGGCCAUUCUUAACUGUGUUUGUACAGUGACACGGUGUUGUCUUAGCCAAUUUAUUGACACCUGAAUCGCCAGCUUCUCCAAGUUGGAACAAUUGUCCUACGGUCAUCUCCGUCUAGAUGGCUCGAAGGACUUAACGCUCACUUCGAUAGGUCGGUGCUAAGUGCUCGCCUUGUCCCUUUAUAACUUCCAACCUGGGUCUGCACCGAAUUAUCAUGACACAGCAAAUGAAACAACCACGGUUGGAUGCACAACCCAAUAGCGUUUUAAACGAUGGCACCGACUGCUCAAAUGAACCAUGCCCACCAGCAUCGAGACUGGAGAGGGAUAACUGGAACGGCUUCUGUGAGCUUGAAUCAGAACCCGCUAUAUUUAAUGUUAUGCUCCGAGAGUUCGGAGUGAAGGGUGUCAAGGUUCAAGAAGUCAUAUCACUCGAUGAGGAAAUAAUGGCAGUCUUGAAUAAGCCGAUUUUUGGCUUGAUCUUUCUAUUUCGUUGGCGAGAGGACGAUCCAGACAAGCAAGAAGCGAGCUGUCCAAAGGGCCUCUGGUUUGCCAAUCAAACAGCCAGUAAUGCUUGCGCUAGCGUGGCUCUUCUGAACAUUGUAAACAAUGUCGAGGGCAUCGACCUUGGAGAAAAUCUGCAACACUUCAAAGACUUCACCAUGCCGUUCACUCCCGCAUUGAGGGGGGAUGCAAUCAAUAACUUCGAUUUUGUAAAAGGAAUACACAAUUCAUUCGCGAGGAGAAUGGACAUGCUUGGCUCCGACUUCCAGCUCAAAGCCGAAGCCACAUCGAAGCGAAGUCGCUCUGCCAAGAUUAAACAUGCGGAUGAUGAAACAAACGCGGGUUUCCACUUCAUUGCCUUUGUUCCUGCCUUGGGUAAGGUGUGGAAAUUUGACGGUCUAGAACGCCAACCCCAGGCGCUUGGCUCUUGCUCACCGGAGAAUGAUUGGCUGAACCUAGUGAAGCCCAAUAUUCGCACCAGAAUGGAGGAAUACGAAGAGGAUCAGAUUGAGUUCUCCAUCUUGAGCGUUGCCAAGGAUCCGCUGCCGGAGCUCGUUGGUCAGUUAGCGGUCAAUGUAAAGAGCCUAGAAAUUGUUCACAGGCGCAUAACCGCAAGCGCAGAGGGGCCGACCGAAUUGGGAUCGACUGUUGCGGAUUCGAUGCUUGGAGCUACUGUUCUGGGACCCGAUGAGACCUUUACACUGACGAAAACAAUGAUUGACCAAGCGUCUAUCCCUGCUGUACAACAUGGGAAGUACCAAACAUGUUCGAUGGGAGAACUCAUCCACCACCAGCAGGAGUUGAGUCAUGCCCAGCAGAAUCUCCGAGUUUUGAUCCGGGAGGAGCAACAAUCACGGGAGGCAGAUGAUGACUAUGCCGAAGGCCGAAGAUAUGACUAUGGCCCAGCCGUCCAAACAUGGCUACGAUUCUUAGCACGGAAGAGGGUCAUCGAGAACUUGCUGUGACGCCGCCAGCAGACCAUCAUAUGGAUGUUGUCUUCUUUAUAGCAGCUCUCCUGCGUCGUGCGUAGAACGUGCCAUGGCCACUGAUAAAUGCGGAUGACCUCAUCGACACUACUCACGAUAUGCCAAUCCUGGCGUGUGGCUCGGGGCAGGGCACUGAUGAUCCAGCGACUUAAGGUAGCGGUAUAGAUAGAUAUACAUCGAAGCCAUGGAGGCAGGUCGGGACGCCAAGCCCUGAGAAUGAGG